GCGCUCGCAGAAAGGAUCCAAGACGAUCCAGAAGAGGGAAGGGUCGAUCUCGUUUACCGACCACCUCCUCCUUCUCAGAUAAUAGUGUCGUAUGCGCCGAAUGCUCAAGCUGUCGGUCAGCAAUUUUUAGGGGUGGGCUAAAGCAGGGCUCCAAAAGGAGGUACAAGACGGUAGAUAAGAAGAGUCACCCUGUGCCAGUUCUAGUGAGUCAAGAAUAAAGGGUGUACUAUGAUCAGGAAAGAGAACUGAUACAACGAAUGAGGGAAGGCAUCCAGAAUGGGCCCUGUCGUAUCAACAAUGAGACUGAGAAAGAACUGAUAAUAGGGGAACCUGGGUUUCUGACAAGACAAGAGGAGGACUUGGUGAAGGAGCUGAUGCGUGAAAAACAUGGGGCAUAUGCCUUCAACGAUGAUCAACGUGGGAGGCUGGAUGUGGAAAAGAUCGAAAUGAUCCGCAUUCAUACGGUGCCUCAUAAACCAUGGAAUGUCCGAGGGGCUAAGUACCCCAACCCCGAUCAUCGUAGCAAGGUGGUAGAGUACCUAGAUGGGAAAAUCCGUACGGAUGUGGCAGGGUACUCCAGUGGACCAUAUGCCUCUCCUUAGCAGGACUUGGAGAACAAUUUGACCUUGGAGGAACUACUAGAUCUAAGGGCAAUGCAGAUCAGCGUCAUUGAAGAAAGGGUGCAGGAAGCGGUCAUGAACGUUGCAGACAACAGGGGAAAAGAUAAGGAAAGGAGGGAUCAGAAAGUCUCAAGGAACCUGGAGGAGCUGCCCAUUUACAGGGCUGGAGACAGCUUGCGAGUAUUCCUGCGAGACCUUGAGAAAUACGCAUUUAGAAGAGAAUGGGGUGACACGGAGAAAAUUGCGAAUGUGACUGGAGCAGGAAUGUACAAGAGAAGGAUUGAAGGAGUGGUGGCAGGGAGCACGAGGUGGAGUGUAUGCAAGGUGAGAUUAUGGAAGGACAUGGGGGACUUCCCAAGGGACGAUGUGGAAGAUGACUUGAGGUUUGAUGGGAUCAAUCUGGAGGACUUUAUCGACAGCUUGCAGCUGACCGCCGAGAGAGGCGAAUGGAACGAGGAGAAAAAGGAAAAACAGUUGAUUGCAAGAUCAGAAAGGAGUGAAAAGGAGGAAGUAAAAGGAAUUGUGGAAGGGAGUCCGACCUGGAAAAGAAUAACAGCAGAAUUGUGGAUGGCCUAUACCCAGGUUGGGCAGGAUCAAAUUAGAAAGGAAAGGCUGCAAGAGAGGGGGUUAUGGAUUGAAAGAGAGAUGGCUGAGCCUCAGGGGAAAGAGGCAGAGGAUGAAGAAGAGGAUAAUGUGCCUCUGAAAAGAUUGAAGAACAAGACGAUGGUAUCCCCCAAGAGCAGCUGCAAAGGAUCUGACCAGGCUGAGGAAGAUGAACAGAAAGAGGAGGAGGCAGCAGAAGAGAGGAAGAGAAGCAUGGGGGCAAGUGUGGUACCAACGAAGAGAAAAACUGAAAAGAAAAGGCCAAUUGAGAGUGGAAGGGAAGAGGUACAGGAAAGGAGGAGUGAAAAGGAGGGAGGAGUAAAGGAGGCUGGAGAAGGAAAGAGGAUCCAGAAAGGAGGCAAGACUCCAAGGGUCAAAAGAACUGAGGAAGAAGGGCCGAUUGGAGAAAGAGAAAGGGAAAAGAUGAGCGGGAUAAGAAAAAAGGAAGAUGAGAGGGAUGCCCAGGUGAAAAAGUUGAUGAGAGAUAUGGAAGAAAUAAGGAAGGAAGUGAAGGAAUUGAAGAAAGAGACGAAGGAAUUGCAGAAAGAAGUGAGCCAAUUGAGGGCCUCCCUGAAUGUGAACGGCAGAGAAUUGGAAAAUGAAGCGGUCACAAGAGGAAGGAUGGAAAUAAAGGUGGAUGGUCUGGGCUCUGAGGUCAGUGUGCUAGGACUGGACCUGGACAAUGAAAUCUCAGAAAGAAAGAAGUUGGGACAGGAGUGGGAGAAAAGAUGGGGUGAGAUAUUGAAAGGAAUGAAGAAGCUCAAAUUGAACCAUCAGGGGAAAGAAAAGGGAACCACAGAGGUGGUGGAGAAAAAGGAGGGUAAAGAGAAAGGGGUACAGACUGAGGAGAAAAGAGAAGAGCCUCCUGCACCAGAAAGGGAGGUAAGUGAGAGUGUGGUUGUGCCUCUGCCAAGACAGAACAAGAGGCAAAGAGGAUCCGAAAUAGGCUCACCAGAAGGAAUUGGGGAUCAGGCUGAGACUUCAACCCAGCCGGACAUAAAGAAGAUCAAGCCUAGUAUGGCUGGAAAGAGGUGUUUCUUCUCCACUCAGGAAGGGCAUCUCAGGGAUGAUUGUUCCAUUCUGGCAGUUUAUAUCAAGGAAGGAAAAACCAGAUAUGAUAGUCAUAAGAGAUUGGUGGCUUGCACGGGACAAAUCAUUCCCAGGAUACCUGAGGGAGGCAGGGUAGCACUUCAUAAGAUACUGGGACUGCCAAUUGAUUUCGAGACAGGAAUAGGUAGGUGUUUCUGAGUAAAUCAUGACUUGUAUUGGUUUGUAAAACAGUUAUGAGAGGGAGAAAGGGGUAAUUUAGAGCAUGGGGAAUGUUUUUUCUUCUUCAGUUAAACAGAGGAAAAGUGUGAGACAUGUUGUGUUGCUUUCUUCAUUCAGAUAGGGAGACUUAGCAUAGAAAGUAGUAUAAGUAAAGACAUGUGAGGUAUUUGAGGGAUAGUAGAGGUAGGGAGAACUGCGGGUAGAUUUUGUUAGGUUCUUUAAUUUCAAUUUUCUUUUAUUUUCUUUUUUUUGGUUAUUUAAGAUUUUCUUUUACUCUCGUUGUCUCCCAACGGCCUACCUACCCCGAGGGUGCCCAAAUGAAUCCCGCCCCAAUAC